AUGUUUGUCUCAGGAGAAUUCUGUAUGGCAGCAGAGGACAAUAAUAAUUUAAGGAAUCUUUCAAAUAAGACUCGCCAUUUAUCGCACACAACAGCACCUGUUACUGACUGUGACUCGGUUAGGGAAGGACUAUCAAGAGCACAGAAUUUGCAUACUUGGAUAGAACUGAGUACAGCAUGUGAGAAUAAGAUAACUGUAGAAUUUUUUGUAGAAAGAAAAUUCUUAAGAGUACUAUCUCUGCAUAGUUUUUCUGUGUCAUUUGUGUUGCCAGAUUCAAUCAAUAAACUUAAACAUCUUAGGUAUCUAGACUUAUCUCAAAAUAUUAUAAUAGAGAUACCUUCUUCUAUCUGCAUGCUAUACAAUUUGCAGACACUGCUAUUGUCAUGUUGCAGAAACCUUAGAAGAUUGCCAAAGGACAUGGGAAGGCUAAUAAACUUGCGCCAUCUUGAUACUAUUGGCUCGCCACUAGACGAAAUGCCUCCACAAAUGGGAAAUUUGAAGAAGUUGCAUACAUUACCUGAAUUUGUUUUAGGUAAAGGACAUGACAAUGCUUCAACCAUUGAAGAGUUGGGAGAGCUUCAACAGUUAAGUGGAGAGCUUUAUAUUACAGGUAUGCAAAAUGUAGCUAAUGUAAAUGAUGCUCUUAAAGCUAAUUUGAGGUAUAAGGAGAAACUUACAGGCCUAACCUUUCAAUGGCUGGGUGAGACCACAAACACAAGACUAGAAACAGAGGUACUUGAGGCACUGCAACCUCACACAAACUUGAAGAAACUCAUAAUUUAUUCGUAUGCCGGUUUUAGUUUCCCUAAUUGGAUUGGAGAUUCAUCAUUUUCAAAUGUAGUGUCAAUUCAUCUGAGUCAUAAUAAACAUUGUUGGUCCUUGCCAUCAUUGGGGCAGUUACCUUCACUUCAAAAGCUUGAGAUCCAAAGCUAUCAUGGGGUGGAGACAAUAGGCGCUGAGUUUUAUUAUGGCAAUUAUCCGUCCAAUAAUAUUACUCCAUUCCAAUCACUAGAAACUUUGAUAUUACAUGACAUGCCAGGAUGGAAGGAGUGGUCCACUAUUGGGAGUGAUGAUAGAGAUGGUGGUGUACUCAAACUUUUCCCUUCUCUGAAAGAGCUUAGUUUGAAUGGUUGCCCAAACCUGAGUGGGAGCUUUCCUGAUCUUGACACAUUAGAAAUUCUCCAUAUUUCAGGUAUAUAUGGUUGUUACUUUCCAGAACCUCAAUCAUAUACAUGUCCCAACCAGUUGUUGUGCAAGAAACUGGAGUUCCCGAGGAGAAAUUGUUGUGUUUCUAUUACAGAGUUGAUAAUUCAGUUCAGCGACUCAGUUAAGUCAUUCCCUUUAGACUACUUCCCAAGUCUGAAGAAGCUGAUCUUUUUCGAUUGUUCAAGCUUAGAAUCGCUCACCUUUUCAAAAGAAAAUGGCAUUUCAGAACUCCAUUCACUCAUGGUUUUGGAAUUCCACAAUUGUAGAAAUGUCAUGGCAUUGCCUCAACACAUGCAAAAGCUUCUUCCAUCUCUUGCUACAUUAAGAAUCUACCAAUGUCAAGAUAUUAAGUUAUUUCCUCAUGAAGGAUUGCCAUCUACUCUAAAAGAGCUUCAUCUCUGCAAUUGCAGCCAACUGGUGGCACAACACAAGCACUGGGGUCUGCAAGGACUAAACUUUCUCAAAAAACUAAGUAUUGAUGGAUAUGAUGGUGAAAUAGUGCUUGAUUCAUUUCCAGAGGGAUUGCUUCCCAUCUCUUUAACUGAACUGUCACUGAAUUAUAUUCCAAACUUACAAAAGCUAAAUGACAAUGCCUUUCAACCCCUAGCAUCUCUUCAUAAGUUGUCACUCCAAAGUUGCAAGAAUUUGCAAGUUCUGCCAGAGCAAGUGGUCUCGAGCACAUCUCUACGCUCUUUGUUCAUCGAUGGAUGUCCUAUCCUUGAAAAUAGGUACCGACCAAGGAGAGGUGAAGACUGGCAUAAGAUUUCUCACAUUCCUAUCAUAUCAAUUGGUCACUGGUCAAGUGCAUAUUACAGGACUGAAGAAGAUGAUAUAUGAGGACUGCUCAGAGAAGGAAAAGAGACCAUCUCAUUUCAUUCUACGCACAACAAAGUUUGUCCACUGCAUGUACGUACAUAU